AUGCUCCGAGGUGCUGCCAGUGUGGUCCAUUCGGCCAUGCCUGUCUCCGAAGACAGUCAGCCAAGACAAGAUUUUCACUCAUCGUACCACUAUAGGCAGUUCUUCCUCGCUUUCAUCCCUGUUGCGGUGCUUGUGGGCUAUCUCUCGCUGGGUCUGGUGACAGGUUAUGGGACACGGAAGAUCAUGAUCCUGAUCGAUUUACAAAGCACUUGA